UGUCAGUUCUUGCUAGCUUCCAGCAGCAGUACAAAAAAAAUUUGUUCGGAUUCGGUAAACUAGCGGUGCCUUUUUUUAUGAAAAUGUCCUCCCCAUAAGCAGAAUAACAGAGCAAACAAUGCGUUGUAAAGCGGCGCCAUUAAAACCCACAGAUAAUGGGCGGUGGUGAGCUCAAGCCCGGAUGUUAGCGCGGCUCUGUGACGGGCUGAAGCAGAUGGGAUCCAUGGUGAAUUUGGGUAAAAGGCGGAAGACUGCGUAUCAACAGGGCGAAACAGAGAUGCUACACAGCUAUAACCGCUAGUCAGCUAACUGUUUGUUCCAACAUGCAGGAGUCAACAAUAACUGAUAAAUUUCAACUGCCAGCAUCCUUACAUAAGGAACCCUAACAGGACAGCUCACACCAUCUUCUGUACUCUGCUAAGCUGACCACAACUAAGGAUGGCGAGCAGGAGAAAAUCAACCAUUCCCUGCAUGGUUCCUCCUCAGGAAGCCAUAGACUCAGAUCAGGAGGUGGAGGACGUUAUGGACAUCACAGACCCUGAGGAUAGCAAUGACGUGGCUGCAGUUUACUCCGAGGUUCCUGUUCUGUCGGAGGAUCAAGCCGAGGACGCUGAUGUCGGGCAGGAUGUCGGGUCAGACCCGUACUUGGAAUUGAACACGGCGGAAGGGGGAUAUGAGUGCAAAUACUGCAGCUUCCAGACUUCAGAGCUGAACCUGUUCACCAUGCAUGUGGACACAGAGCACCCCGAUGUCAUCAUUAAUGCCUCCUACGUGUGUGUGGAGUGUGACUACCACACUAAAAGCUAUGACACACUUCAGGCCCACAAUGCUCGGCUGCACCCAGGCGAGGACAACUUCACGCGGACGAUGGUGAAGCGAAACAACGAGACCAUCUUCCAGCAGACGGUCAACGAUCUCACCUUCGACGGCAGCUUUGUCAAAGUGGAGGAGGACGAGGCGGAGGAAAUGUCCCGCAAAGCCAUCCCUCUCAGCAAAACACCCAUCAUGAGAAUCAAAAGCAGACAGGAGCCUAAAAAGUUUGCCACGGCUCAUAAGCUGGCCGUCGAUGACGUCAUAAAAGUAGAGAGCGAUGACGAAUACGACGACAGCCAGGAGCCGCCCACUCUGUCCCCAGCUCCGACUCCUGCUGCGUCCACCCCGCGUAUCAUCCCCGUCUCCACGCCGGUGCAGGUCCAGACCAUCCCCCAGAGCAUCAUGGUUAACAGCCCCAACAUGCUGCAGAUUAAAGGGGGCUCUGCAGGAGGAAGCACUGUUCUGCCCCCGGGGACUUUGGCCCAGGUUCUGUCUGCCCUGCAGAACCAGCACAGUACCCAGACCCAGCUCCUGAUCCCCAUCAGCAGCAUCCCCACCUACAACAGCGCCAUGGACAACAACGUCCUGCUGGUCAGUGCUUACAACAGGUUUCCGUAUCCUUCGGUGUCGGAGAUCAUCGGCUUGUCGGCACAGACAAAGUUCAGUGAGGAGCAGAUCAAAGUCUGGUUUUCUGCCCAAAGGCUCAAACAUGGAGUCAGCUGGACACCAGAGGAGGUGGAGGAGGCAAGGAGAAAGAAAUUUAACGGCACAGUUCAGACCAUUCCCCAGACCAUCACCGUCAUCCCCGCCAACAUCGGUGCAGCUACAAAUGGACUGCAGUCCAUAUUUCAGACCUGUCAGAUUGUUGGACAGCCAGGUCUUGUCCUCACUCAGGUGGCCGGCAGCGGGAGCACCGUCCCCGUAGCGUCUCCCAUCACUUUGACUGUCGCUGGGGUGCCUGGAAACCAGCCCAAAGCAGCCGAAGCUUCAGCCCCUGAAUCCAACGCAGAGGCUUCAGCUUCGUCUGCUAGCACGUCGCUCAGUUUGGAUGCAACAGCUACCAAACCGAAGAAGUCCAAAGAACAGCUGGCAGAACUGAAAGCCAGCUACAGCAGGAGGCAGUUUGCCACGGAGGAGGAGAUUUCAAGGCUCAUGGAGGUCACCAAACUCUCCAAAAGGGCAAUAAAGAAGUGGUUCAGCGACACACGUUACAACCAGAGGAACUCAAGGGAUCACCACAGCUUGCUGCUGAGUGAAACUUCAUCCAGCAGGGCAGCAUUCUCAGGAGCAGGCAGAGCAGGGAGGAGCAGCAGCACCAGCUUUACUGAAAACAUCAGUGGCGAAACACUGUCAGACUUCACCACCGCCGCAAUAAAUGCACCCACAACCACUCCCACCACCAUUGUUAUAGACUCUAGUGAUGAUGCCAGUGACUCUUCGCCCACCACUGCCAACGCUCCCUGUUCUUCCGGGUCAACAGGCGAAACGCGCGUCAAAUUCCGCCACGCCUUUCCCGACUUUACGCCACAGAGGUUCAAGGAAAAAACUACAGAGCAACUGCACAUCCUGGAGGCCAGCUUCCAGAAAUCAGAUAUGCCUUCAGACGAGGAGCUGAGCCGGCUGCGUGCGGAAACCAAGCUGACGAGACGGGAGGUGGAUGCCUGGUUCACGGAACGACGGAAAACGCCUUUAGCGGCGCUGUUAAAAGACAGCGAUACAGAGAUCGAGGAAAAGGUGAAAUCCAUGACACCUGUAGGAUCUCAGGAGACACAGACCACCAUCCAUGUUGGAAGGAAAAUCCUGAAGAAGACCCCAAUGCAGCUUCAUAUUUUGAAGAAAGCCUUUGUUCACUCACAGUGGCCAACUUCUGAGGAGUAUGAUCAGAUGGCGACGAAGACUGGCCUGCCGCGGACCUACAUUGUCAACUGGUUUGGAGACACGCGCUACGCCUGCAAAAACAGCAACCUCAAGUGGUACUACCUGUACCAGAGUGGCAAGGUGGACGAGGCAUUGAAUGGUGCAGGAAAAGGCCAGAAAAAGUCCAGGAAGCGGUUUCGUGGUUGGUCCAGGAGGACACGCCGGCCGUACCCCUGCAAGCGUUCUCCACAAGAUGGCGUAGGAGUCAUCAAGGUGAAGUCUGGAAAGACGUUUCUUAAGGAUUACUACCUCAAGCACAGAGCUCUGAACGAAAGAGACCUGGACGAUCUGGUGACAAAGUCCAAAAUGAGCUAUGAGCAAGUAAGAGACUGGUUCUCUGAGACCACCAGGAAGGUGGAGGAGGGAAUGGAGCCAUUCAGCGACGAGGAGGCAGAGGAGGACGGUGAGGAGGAGGAAGAAGAGGACGAGGAGGUGACAGCUGAGUGUAGAGACAGUGAAGGAGAAAUGGAGGCAAAAGAACAAGGAGAGGUGGCCUCAAAUGAUGAAUGCAUAAGGGAAGAAAAAGAGGAGGACCCCAAUCAGGAAGAGGAAGAGGAGGAGGAUGCUGUUGAGGAGGAAUCUGAAGGUGUCAGCCAUUCACAGCCUCAGACUGAGGAGCAAACAUGAGCCAGCAGAUUCAGCAUUGCUGCCCCCACUUUGGAGCCAACACUCAAGAUGACGCAUAAUAGUGUUUCUCAGCUGGCGAGUCAGGACCCGCAGACGGCCAUAGAAAGCUCAGACAGAUCAUGCCACGUCAAACAAUGCGACAUGAUUGAGGUUUGUGCCUUGAAAUUAAGUUGGGGUAAUGAUGCAGCUGAAAAUCACUGAAUCGGAGGCGAUGCAGGACACACACCCUGUGUGGAUUUAGUUUCUUCUGGGUGAUGGACAGUGGGGACCAAGUGGAUGCACAAAGCAAAGCCUUUCACCAAACAAUAUGUUUGCAAGUUCCUUUGCUGCCCUCUUAUAAGGAAUGGGACUUUAUUUUGGAUCUUUAGGUCCUUUUUUCUUAUAAAAGAAACUUUGUAUAAAGAAAAAAAAAUCAUCCAAAACAUUUCUACUAAUGUGAGACCUUGCAUGGUUUGUCUCUUUUUGUGAAUCAUGGAAGAACAUUUUUCUCAAGGAAACUUUCUCUGCUCAAAUCCAUUAGACAAUUUUUUUUGUCUCGCAGGAGAAACAGUUUUUAAAACUUGAGCUUUCUGUGAAUUAAAAAUGCAAUUUGGUGCCAUUGAGUUAAGUUUUUUUCAAUUAAGAAAAAAUACCACUGGAAUGAUUUUCAAUAUCAGUGUUUUAACCAUUUUGUAUUGCUUUUCCCCAAAACAAUUUUACAGUCCUAAAACAAUAUUUUUAAUAACUGGAUCAAUUAUACUGUUUUAAAAACAAUGCAGGUUGGGAUUAGGAUCCAUUCAGUUUCAGUAAAAUCUGAUUUCUGUGGAAUAAAUAGAGGAGGCGUGGUGUAAUUCCACCAGAGCCAAGUGUUUAAAAGAAAAAUCCUGCACCAAAAAUGUGUUCAGCAUUAGAAAUGCAGUAAAUUCUCAACUCUGAAAACCCAACAACUAUAAAAACAGACUGAUUAAGAAUUUAAACAACAUUGAAAUGUGUUGCUCGUAAAGGGAUAAUUGUGAAUUUUAUUGGGUUCACUCACAGGUUAUGAUCAGCAAAUAACACUUGGAUGAAAAACAGCUUUCCAGUCAACAUUUUGUCAGACUGAGUAUGAGGCAUAGUGAAAUUCUGCCACUUACAACACCAACAACACUCAUUACAAAAAUGUCUUAGGAGCAACGAUAUGGACGGGAUUCAGUAAGAUAGAAAUGCAUGGUAGAACUUUACUUAUUUUGAUGCUUCAUGGAGAGGGACAAAGAUCUGAGCACUACUGCAACUGUUGUAGUAAUAGAGGUAAUAAUGUUUGGGUCUGCUAAUAAUUGCUUGUGGUUACAAGUGUCGCUGAAUUCUUUUCGUAGACUCGAGUCACAUCACAGAGUCAAAUUAAGAAAAUUACACUUAACUUGUCACAAAUUAACUUCAGCAAGGUGUGACUAUUACUAGACUAUUACCUUUUUAUGUAAAUAAUUAUAUCAAACAAACUAUUCCAAAACUACAAAUUAAGCAAGAUGGCAAGGUACUACGAAGUCGAGUAGAAGAAAUUUUAAUAAGUAGUAAAUAAAGUGCCAUCACUGUCAUUGCAAACACUAAAAGUUGUGAAAAUGCAUUUUUUAAUAAAGUACAUGCAGUUAUUGUUACUCUGCAGUUACAUGACCUAGCUGGUUAAACGUAGCGUUAAAGAUUCUAAAUUAAAUGUUUUUGGAUUUGAUUCAAGACUGAAAAGUUUUGAAACAAUGACUUUUUCUAACUUUAAAACCAGUGUUGCAUUAGAUGCAUGUUAACAUUAAAGCUGCAUAAAAAACAACCACAGUAGGCCAACUUUGUGGAACAAUGACCUUCCUUUUUUUCCUUUGGAAACUUACUUUCAAGGGAUCCUAAAUAAGGAAAAUAGCUCUGACCUGAUUUGCAAUAAUAUUUUAGUUUUAUUUAAAGUAUCUUUAACAAGUUACUACAGUAUUUAACAUGGAGAUCCCACUUUUGUCUUGGUUCCACUCUGGCAAGCUGUUGGCUGGAAAACAAAUUUGUUUUGUUAAACCAAGAUCAGUUAGAAAAUUAACUACUGCAAGUAAAAUGGUAAUUGAACACAAUUUCUCAACAGAACCCCUCUAAAGUAAACCAUUCCUUGAUUUACAUUUAAGGAGAAAGUGCCUAAUUUGACAACCUUCAGUUUAUAAACUUAUUUGUGAAUUCUGAAACUGUAAUUUUAUUGUAUUUACUUGCAAAAAUCUGUACCGGCUUUUAUGAAUUUGCCUACGUUUUCUAGCCAACUUUCUUACAGACACCUAUGAAUUAUUGGGAAAAAACAGAAAAAAUGUAUUUUUAAAUAUUUGUAAAACAUGUUGAUUGUUUCUUGGAGAAAAUUAUGCUAAAAGCAUAAAAAAAAAAAAAUAUCAGUUGUUAGAAUCCUGAUGUAAUAUAUUGACUGCCUCCACGGUUUUGUAGCAUUCUUAAACGAACCCAAAUAAUCAUGUUUUGAAUAAAAAAGGGUUCGAUUUCUGUUUCACAUUAAGAAUACAAUACAGUUUGCUCUUCAGGAAACGAGCAACAUUACCUCAGUCAGUUAAGCUACAAACUCAGUAAGAUUGUGACAUUUAGAAAUAUUCACACAACGGUUUUUCUUUAACUCAAUACUGUAUGCAUGAUAACGAGUACAUAGUAAUGAUGUCUUUCAGAAGGCGUUUCUCUAUUAUGUCUUUGCCACCAAAGUAAGUUAAUAACUUUAGAAAACAAAAUAAUGGACAGUUUAGUGUUUUUAUCGACUCAGAUACGGGUGAACUAGUAAACUAAACUUUCAGGUUGUGUCAAAUAAAUUACAUUCUAUUUUAGGCAUAAGAAAUAAGAAUCUCUUGGCUCCGUUUUUACCUUUGUAAGAAAUAUAUUAAAAAACAAAAUCUUAUGUUGCUUUCCUCUGCUUUCUUCUUGUUUUUACUGAACCAUGUCAGGGUAUGCACACAUCAAAGAAAACAAUCAGUUCUGGUGGACUGUCGAAUCAACACCUCCGUUUGCUUUGUAAUCAUUUCACCUGCAACAUGGAUCCUCAUGUGAGCGCUGUAAUUUGGCAAAGUUACGCAUUUUCUGCUAUUUUGCAAUUGCUUUAAUAGCCAACAGUUUUUAGUAGUUAAUUUAUUUAUUAUAUCUGAACUUUCAUGAAUACCUUUUUCUUGUCUGCGAGAAAAUAAAAAGUGAAAAUCUGA